AUGACAAACUGCACAGUGAGACUCAGUGACGACAUACAUGACAAACUACACAGCAGUGACGACAUACAUGACAAACUACACAGCAGUGACGACACACAUGACAAACUACACAGCAGUGUCGACACACAUGACAAACUACACAGCAGUGACGACACACAUGACAAACUACACAGCAGUGACGACAUACAUGACAAACUACACAGCAGUGACGACACACAUGACAAACUACACAGCAGUGUCGACACACAUGACAAACUACACAGCAGAGACGACAUACAUGACAAACUGCACAGCAGUGACGACAUACAUGACAACCUACACAGCAGUGACGACAUACAUGACAAACUACACAGCAGUGACGACAUACAUGACAAACUGCACAGCAGUGACGACAUACAUGACAAACUGCACAGCAGUGACGACAUACAUGACAAACUACACAGCAGUGACGACAUACAUGACAAACUACACAGCAGUGACGACAUACAUGACAAACUACACAGCAGUGACGACAUACAUGACAAACUACACAGCAGUGACGACAUACAUGACAAACUGCACAGCAGUGACGACAUACAUGACAAACUGCACAGCAGUGUCGACACACAUGACAAACUGCACAGUGAGACUCAGUGA